AUGGCCAAAUCCUUCCCAGUACUCUGCUCACUUCUGUUCUUUAUCGUGAUACAUUUGACGUUACCUUCGGUUUCAGGCCCUCCACACUGGCGGCCACCACAUGGAAAUAUUAAGUUUUCCCUACAAAAUCAGGGAGUUACUCUAAAUGAUCUCAUGUUUUACAACUUCAAGAUAAGAGUUAGCUUGGAGAUAUUUUUAGUAGAAAGUAGAUUGAGUUGGUUCAAUGGAACAGUGAACCCCUGCCCUGGUAUAUAUCAACCCAUCUGUGGCAACAAUUUGAUAACCUAUGAAAAUCCCUGCAUCUUGUGUGUUGAGAGCAUGAAAUCUCAGGGAAAAAUUAGAUUUCUGCAUGAUGGAAAAUGCUGAGUGGACUCAGACAUGAAAGAAGUACCUUUUUUUAUCUUU